GAAUGGCGCCAAGAUACAGAGGCUUAAUGAUAAAAAGAGCUCAUAACGGAGUGUAUCAACGCGUAUGCAGGGUGCCACGAGAACGUGACCCAGCAGUGGCAACAAUAUAGAAAGGCCGUCGACGCUCAACACUGCGUCGCGUCGCGUCGCGUCGGUUGGCUUGUGAAAGGUGGAAAGGGAACAUGCAACUACUCGACAUUCUGGUUGACGGGUUGCCGUGACAGUCGAGAAGCAGCGAGUGUUCGCGCUUGAACUUUGGUGUUGGAACAACUAGUCCACGUCACACAGCCGUGGCAACAAAAGUACGCCAAAGGAAUGUAAUCUCCGUACGAAUGACCGAUUUUUUACCCGUGUUCGACGCGCUUCAAUUCAGAUUCUACUCCAUUAUUCUCGGUGAGUAAUCCAACGAAGAAUUCAUCAGAGGAGAAAAAAGAGGCAUGCAUAGAAGCGUGUGUAACUCACGCGCGCACACCGGAUACAAAUAUUCCAAGACGGCCGAUCGAUAGAUUGUUUGCAAUUCAUAGAAGUGUUCGUGGUUUUUCAAUUAUUAUAUUUUAUUAUGUAAAAUCUUUCUACAAAGAAUAGAACGAUUUUUAUAUUUAUUCAUUUCCGGAAUCUUUAACUUAAUUUUUUGGAGCGCGUUGCCGUGAGUCUGUUCACGUGGUUACGACUCGUUUGCCGCGCUUGCGUUUGCGUGUCGUGCGGCACUAUGAAUUUUACUUCGUUUUGCUAAAAACCUAAUUCAUUUUUUUUUUGUAAAUUUCACCUUCUUUAUCACUGGAGAUAAAUUUAUUAUUUUUUUCUUUUUUUUUUUUAGUGAAAAUGUGAAUUAUUUAUUAUUAUGAUAUAAGAUACUUUUUAAAAAUUGCAAAUGAGUUUAAAUAUAAAAAUUUACUAAUUUAUAUUCAAAUAAAUUUAUAUUUUUUAGAAUUAUAAUUUAUAUUUUUUAGAAUUAUUUGAUAACGUAUUUUAGUGAUAUAUUUUUUUUUUUAUUACUUUGUAUACUGUAUAUACUGCUUCCUGUUUGAUGUUAAAAAAUGCACGACUGUUAUCAAAAAAUUUGUUCGUGCUGUUAUAAUUUAUAUUUCUGAGUUUAUUGUAAAAUUCUUUAAAUAAAAAUAGAUUAGUGCAUCCGUGUGAAAUGUAAUAAUAACUUAAAGAUAUAAAUUUUAUUGACUGUACAGUGAUUUUAAAUUAAUUAUAAAAAUUAAUAUUUUUGAUGUAAUAUAUGUUUAUUCAGGUCGAUCAAUAAUUGCAAGUUAGUAUCUCUCAUGGAAAUAUGCACCGAUGACUCAGAUUGAUAAUUGAUAAAUGAUAAGGAGGUCGAAGAAAUUAUGACUCUGUACAAUGAUUUGGUUCGAAUUGAUAGUAUUCAUAUAUUGUAUUUCUUAAUUUAGUUCUUGUAAUUUAUUCUUUACAUUUAAUUAUUAUCCUUUAUAAUUAACCAGAAAAUCCGAUAAGUACUUAAAAUAGUUAUUCCUUUAUUUCUCUAAUAUCAAUCUAAUUUUCUCACAAUGAUUAAAUACGUCAAAAUUUUUCUGCGUUGAAAAUAUACGUCAUAACUUUACAUAAUUACGUAAAAUGAUUCAUACGUUUUCAUAUACAAAUUACAGUGAUUUAUAGAGCAAGUAUAUUUAUAAUUGCUAAUUUCAAUCGUUGAGCUUGAUAUUUAUCUUGAAAUUUAUACUUUCAAUCGUCAGAAAAAAAAAAUCGUAGAUUAUUAUAGAUUAUAGAUUAAGUAGUUGCAUAAAAUUCGACACACCCAUUUCUAUGGAAAAUCUUUGUUUACAAUUUGAUUAUAUAUAUGUUUAUAAUUUGAUAUAAGAUUUAUGAUUGAUUUAAAAACGAGGACGAUAGAUAUAAGAUUUAUGAUUGAUUUAAAAGCGAGGAAGAUAGAUAAGAAGUAUAAUAUUAAAUAUUAUAAUGUACACAUGUAAUGUAAAAUGUUUUUUAUCUUCAAACAGAUUGACAUAUUUUAGUUCUUUUAUCGUCACAAAUUAAUAUUUUAGUAAUUGUGAAACAAAGUGUGAUCUUUAUCAAUUUUUAUCACUUUUUUUAUUUCUAGAAGAACUAUUUAAACAAUUCUUUGCAAUUUAUACAUGAUGUUAUAUCAUAUGUACAUAAAUAUCAUUAUAUGUUUUGAAAUAUGUCUGAGAAUAUAAAAAAAUGAGACACAUGAGAAAAUAAUUUUUUAAAUAAAAGAUGAGUUUGCAAUCGCUGUGUUUCUAAAGUAUUAUUAACAGCAGUUGUUAAAACGAAUAUACAAAUGAGACAUAAAUGAAUUGUAAAAAAAGAAUUUUUCUAUUAGAAAACAAUUGUGCCUCCUGUUAGAAUAAUAAAAUAUAAUUUAUAUUCAGAGAAAAGAGAAUAAACUUUUCAACUUACAUGCAAAUAGUAAAUUCAGUAGAUUUGCUUCUUUUCCAAUUUAAUUAUAAAAAGGAAUUUAAAAUAAAAUUUAAUGCUAUGUCAUAGAUAUUAACAUUUUCACAUAGAUGUGUACCUAUAUCAUAUAGCUAUACACAAUGCUUGAUGCAUAUUUAUGAACAUUUAUAACGUAACGUGAUGUAACUUUUAAAAAUCUAACGUCAUACUUAGCAACAAAAUUCACCCGUUAACAUUUACAGAUAAGUAUUUUACAGUUGCGUAACGAAUCGAUAAGUAUUACAUGAACGAUAAUUAAAGAAACUAAAUGUGUCUAAUUGUAAAUAUUGACGUAAAAGCCGCACACAAACUUAGGCUUCAACCUUCAUCUACAUUUUGCAAUUUUCUAAGAUUAUUUGUUCUUUUUUGUUCUGACGGUGUAUAUAUAUAAAUUAUUUAUUCCCAAGACAAGACAAUAUUGUUCUGCAGACCAUUGUAUCUCAAAUGGCCAAUAGUCAUAAAUUAGCCUAUGAGAAUUUUCCACCUUUCUGCAAUAUUCAGAUAAAGAAGAUCAUAUAGUAACUGAACUGCAAGCUUCAAACAAUAGUUCAGUAAGAUUGUAGACUGCUUUUUUGAUGUUACAACGCAAGUGAAUCUUCUUCUAAUUCUAAAUAUUUAAAUUAGAAAUUUUAAAUUAGAAAUAUAGAUUUAAAUUGAUAGAUUAACAUUGCUCAGAACAACGACAAUGUCUAGUAUAUUUUUUAAUGAUGUAAUAAUUUUCCACUUUUAUAACAAUUAAUAAUUAAAUUGUCGAAUUCAAGUGUCUCUUUCUUAACGAUAAUUUUAAUUGCAUUGGAAAUUAUUGAUUUGUUUCAGUAACUACGGGACAAGCGCGCCGAAUUGGCAGCUAUUGAAACGCCUGGAAAAGCCGAAAGCCAGGCUUUUGUAAUCGAUGGGUUGAGAACGUGAAAUUCGUGCUUUUCAGCUUUUUUUUCGUAACCAAGGUGUAUAGCUUACCGAUGAGCCAUGCUGAAGGUAGUAGGAGCCUCCUGGCUGCAGACACGCAUCUCUACUUACAUUCUGAUCGCCGUAGCUUUACUAGGUGUCGGGGCCAUAAUUCUCGUGUCGAACAAGAUGGAAUCUAUUCAGCCACCGUAUUAUGGAACCAUAAAAGAGGAUAUCGCAUUGACUUUUGGGGCCAAGGCAAUGAUCUGAACGCCGUGCCAUUGCAUGUAGCUCGUGCCUAUUAUAAAACUGAAAUUUUCGAGCAUGGAUGGUCCUAUAUCGAAAUAGAAACUUCAUCAAAAUAUCCAGAUACUGUACAAGCUUACGCUGCCGGAUUGUUGGAAGGUAGUCUCACUUGGCAAUUAAUUCACCAUCAUUGGUUUAACACUAUAAAGCCAGAAUGCGAAGCGAAACCUGUCGAAUGCCGAAAAUUAAUGCGAUAUCUUCGAGACAACACUGCCGUCAUUCGUGAACGUGCUGAAUCAAAAGAGUCUAGUGAUCCUUUUUGGCAUAUGAUACGAUUAUUUUACACUCAACUAGAUGGGUUGGAAGCUGGUUGGAAAUUUGCUGUACGCCGGAGCCGUGUGUCGGUGUCAUUGGAAUCGGAAGAUUUCCUUUGGCUCGCCUUAGCUUCCGACUUAUCUGGUUUUCAACAAGUAUUCAAUAUUUCCAACUCCCUAGUGAGUUCUACAAUCCACUUUAAAUCACUUCCAAGGGAUAAUUCGGAACCUCUAAUUACGAUUACACAACAUACGUCAGCACCAUACACUCACAUGUUAAGACUUUUAAAAAAAUAUACAUUUGGCUAUCAUGUAUUACCUAUGACAAAAACUGAUGCAUUGAUUCCAAGUCGAUCAAUCAUGAUGUCAUCCUAUCCCGGGGCAUUAUCGUCCCGAGAUGAGUUCUAUUUAAUAAAUGGAGAAAAUCAUGAAAUGGUUAUUACCGGAACACCUCUACUAAUAACGAAUCGGAAUGAAUGGAGCUUUUUAUAUCAAGAUGUGAUGCUAACCGCAAGAUUAAUGGCAGCAAAUCGACUAGCAACAAACAGUCAAUCUUGGUUUAAUACUAUGUCACAUCAAAAUGGUGGUACUUCUGCAUUACAAUGGAUCAGCUUUGAACCACGUUCCAUGACUGUAUUAUUAGUAGAACAACUACCAAGCAUCACUGUUGCUAUGAAUUAUACUGAGGAGUUCAAAAAAACCGGUUUCAUAUCGUAUGUUGGUACAUCGAAUUUUCAAAAUAUCAAAGACACUGUACAACCUGCCAAGAAGGAUAUGAAUCUCUUGAAAACUCGUUUGAUGCAUCUACAAGAAAAUAUUACUACGUUUGAGCAGCUUCGAAAUGUGAUGCGUGGAUGCAGCCAGGAUGGUUGCACUGCCGAAAAACAGAAUUCAAAAACAGAUCAAUUGCAGGAGUUGACGUAUCGUGGAGAUCUGGAAGAUGCGCCAGUACCGUAUGGUGUUAUAGAUACAAAGAUAUUAGCGAUCAGCGUGUAUGGUCUCGAAAGUUUCGAAGCUGUUUCUGGACCACCCACAUCGCAAUCGCGAACACCAUUCAAAUGGUCGAAAAGUUUCCCCAAUAUUUCACACGUCGGACACCCAGACACUUUCGAAUUCGAAAGCGUUACUCCAAGAUGGGUUUGGACCUAAUUGAAUUUAUUCAAAUUUUACUUAAAAUCAAUAUUUUAUUUUCAAAUUUUCUAAAUCUUUUUCUCUUAAGAAAAUGAUAACUUCUCAUCAAUUCCUUGCAAUUUGAUUCUUAUCUUAUUUAGAUAAAAUUUUUAAUACUUUAAUAUUUUGUAGCUGGCUCGUAUGUUAGCCGCCUAUGGUGAAAUUUUAGGAAAUAAAAUAAAA